CAUCUGAAUCAUCUGGAAGGGGGAGGGUUUCUGAAGACGUCCUCGGAGAAGGUUUCAAGAGGCACGAGGUACAGGUUUCUCCUGAGGCCAUCACGGAGCACACGUGGCCUCUGCACUGCAGUGGUGAGCGCGGCCCCCUCGCCUGGGGAGCUGGGAGAUGCGGGCUCGUGGGGCCCCCGAGGCUCACCCGCUCUGCGCCCCCACCCCGGGCCUCUGAGCUGCCCUCCCAGAGCACGCCCACCUUGGCCUCCUGCUGCCCAUGAGCCUUUGCUGCUGAGGCUCCCCGGCCGCGGCCCCCGCCCAGUGAAGAUGUGCACACCCAUCGGGGGGCUGCUCACAGCCCUGGUCAUGGUGCUCGGGACUGCGGGGGAGCUUGCGCCCAUCCCCCGGAUCACCUGGGAGCACGGAGAGGUGCCUCUGGUACACUUCCGUGUGCCCGGCAUCCACAACUACUCGGCCUUGCUGCUGAGCGAGGACAAGGACUCCUUGUACGUCGGCGCCCGGGAGGCCGUCUUUGCUGUUAGCGCACUCGACAUCUCCAAGAAGCAGCACGAGGCAUACUGGAAGGUCUCUGAAGACAAAAAAGCCAAAUGCGCGGAGAAGGGGAAGUCCAAGCAGACGGAGUGCCUCAACUACAUCCGCGUGCUGCAGCCGCUCAGCACCACCUCCCUGUACGUGUGCGGGACCAAUGCCUUCCAGCCGGCCUGCGACUACCUGAGCUUACCGUCCUUUACGUUUCUGGGGAGGAGCGAGGAUGGCAAAGGAAGGUGCCCCUUUGACCCAGCACACAGCUACACGUCCGUCAUGGUUGAUGGAGAACUUUACUCCGGGACGUCAUACAACUUUUUGGGAAGUGAACCCAUCAUCGCCCGAAACUCUUCGCACAGCCCUCUGAGAACGGAGUACGCCAUCCCCUGGCUCAAUGAGCCAAGCUUUGUCUUCGCCGACGUGAUCCGGACCAGUCCAGGUGACGCGGGCUACGAGGACGACAGGGUCUACUUCUUCUUCACCGAGGUGUCUGUGGAGUACGAGUUUGUUUUCAAGCUGCUGGUCCCCCGGAUAGCCAGGGUCUGCAAGGGGGACCAGGGUGGCCUGAGGACCUUGCAGAAGAAGUGGACCACCUUCCUGAAGGCCAGGCUGGUCUGCUCCCAGCCGGAUAGCGGCCUCAUCUUCAACGUGCUGCGCGACAUCUUCGUGCUCCGGUCCCCAGGCCUGAAGGAGCCUGUGUUCUACGGGCUCUUCACACCGCAGCUGAACAACGUCGGGCUGUCGGCCGUGUGCGCCUACAACCUGUCCACAGCUGAGGAGGUCUUCUCCCACGGGAAGUACAUGCAGAGCACCACAGUGGAGCAGUCCCACACGAAGUGGGUGAGCUACAGCGGCCCCGUGCCCACGCCGCGACCCGGAGCGUGCAUCGGCCGUGAAGCCCGGGCGGCCAACUACACCAGCUCUCUGAGCUUACCGGACAAAACGCUGCAGUUCGUGAAGGACCACCCCCUGAUGGACGACUCCGUGAUGCCAAUAGACAACAGGCCCAGGCUGGUCAAAAAGGACGUGAACUACACCCAGAUCGCGGUGGAUAGGACCCAGGCCCUGGACGGCACCGUCUACGACGUCAUGUUUCUCAGCACAGACCGGGGUGCCCUGCACAAAGCUGUCAGCCUCAAGGAUGGCGUGCACGUCAUCGAGGAGACGCAGCUGUUCCAGGAGUCCGAGCCGGUCCAGACCUUGCUGCUGUCUGCGAAGAAGGGCAGGAGGUUCGUCUACGCCGGCUCUAACUCGGGCGUGGUCCAGGCCCCCCUGGCCUUCUGUGGGAAGCACAGCUCCUGUGAGGACUGCGUGCUGGCGCGGGACCCCUACUGCGCCUGGAGCCUGCACGCCGCCACCUGCAUCAGCCUGCAGCAGACGGAGGGCGCCAGCAGGGGUCUGAUUCAGGACCUGAGCGGCGACGCAUCCACAUGUCCUGAUGUAAGUACAGCGAGUCCGCGGCAGCACUUUCUCAAGCACGGUGGCACGGCGGAGCUCAGGUGCUCCCAGAGGUCCAACCUGGCCCAGGUGGUGUGGACAUUCCAGAACGGCGUGCUCAAGGCCGAGAGCCCCAAGUACGGCCUCACGGGCCGGAAGCAUUUGCUCAUCUUCAACCUGUCGGAAGGCGACAGCGGGGUGUACCAGUGCCUGUCGGAGGAGAGGGUCCGGAACAGGACGAUCUCGCAGGUGGUUGCCAAGCACCUGCUGGAGGUGAAGGUGCUCUCACGGACCCCGGUGGUCCCCACCCUGCCGGCCACUCGGACAGAGGGUAGUCCAGACGUCGCCAGAGUGUCGGCAGCCUCCCCCCAAGGGUCCUCUCCCCCAGCCACAGCCGUGCGAGCCACCUCUCCUGGGGCUGUCACCCCUUCGCCAAAACCUGCGCCCACCAGCACAUCCUGCAAACCGGAGAUUGUCUUCAACACGGUCCCCGAGCUCCACGCGGAGAAAACCAUGUAUCUCAAGUCCAGCGACAACCGCCUGCUCAUGUCCCUCUUCCUCCUCUUCUUCGUCCUCUCGCUCUGCCUCUUCUGCUACAACUGCUACAAGGGCUACCUGCCCGGCCAGUGCUUGAAGCUCCGCUCGGCCCUGCUGCUGGGCAAGAAGUCCAAGGCGGACUUCUCCGACUGCGAGCAGGUGGUGAAGGAGACCCUGGUGGAGCCGGCCAGCUUCUCGCAGCAAGACGGCGAGCAGCCGAGGCCCGCCCUGGACACGGGCUACGAGACGGAGCAGGACACCAUCGCCAGCAAGGUCCCCACGGACAGGGAGGACUCGCAGAGGCUCGAUGACCUCCCCACCAGGGACAAGCCGUUUGACGUCAAGUGUGAGCUGAAGUUCGCCGACUCGGAUGCAGAUGGGGACUGAGGCCACCGUGCCGCACUGGGGCCUGGGCUGCGAGGGCCGCGUGCGGAGGUUGCGGCUUCCCAUCCAGCGGCCGGGUGUCCCGCAGCCCAGCAGGGCCGCCCAGCGCAAGCAAGCCGCAGCCCUGUCUCCUCCAGGGCGGAGCCUGUGACUUGGCCUCUUUGUCCUUCGGUCGGAGCGCUUCCAGAAGUCCCUGCGGGCGGCGGCGUGUCACUGAGCCCUUUCUGGGUGGGGGAGGUUGGCGUGACUUCCGUGGCUGAGAAGUGUCCCUCCCACUUCCCCUCCUCAUGGCAGUCACUAAAAGAUAAUUUAAUUCCAGAUUGGAAAUGACGUUUUAGUUUAUCAGAUUGGUAACUUACCGCCCGUUGUCCAGAUUGGCACGAACCUUUUCUUCCAGUUAAUUAUUUUUUAGGGUUUUGCUUUGAUUGUGUUCAUGUCUUAGGUCAUUUUUUUUUUAUUAUUAUUCUUACUGGAGCAAAUGUUUUAAUAUUUAGAAGAAGAUGUCUAUCUUCCAGGUUUUGUUAUAUGUUGGGAUAAAAUACGGCUUAUGUUGCGUAAGAUUCUCAGGGAUGAACUUUUGCGUUCUUUCUCGGUGCGUCCUUUUGGCUUUGAGACAGACGUGAACUGUCUCUUGAACCCACUCACUUUUUUGGUUUUUAACUUCAUUCUGUGAGGGACGCAUCAUUUUCCGAGGUUUUUUUUUUUUUUUUUCAUUUCUUUCGCUUUUUACGCUCUUGAAGAAGAGGCCUGUCCCACAUCCACAAGGGGGGUUCAAGUGCAGGCAGUAGCCCCGGGGGCUCUGGGUGGAGACAGGGCUGGCGCAGAGCUCCGACGAGGCUCGUUUCCAAUCGAUGUCCACCGCAGCUGGUCGGAACCACCUGUCCAGACAGACGGAGCCUCCCCCGGGGCGUCCUGGGUUCUCUGAACAUCUCCUUUCUCUCUCUACUUCCGUCUCACACCCACUGUCCGCCUGGACUUCCUUUUGACCUCGGGCUCUCUGCCACCACGAGAACUGGGCGGCCCGGACGGUGCCGGCUGUGGGCCGUGACUGCGGCGCCCAGCCCUCGGCCACUCCUCGCCCGCGCCACCGCCACUGUGUGAAGACGUCCAGGCCGUGCCACCUCCUUCUUUUGUCCCACACGCCAACUCCCAGCUCUGUAAAUACCCCUCGGAGGAGACUUCCCUUCUGUGGCAAAGAGCAAUAAACCCUGGACCUUCGUGUGCCUGUGUAGACCGCCUCGUGUGCCUGUGUGGACAGCCUCUCGUCCAGCAUGACUCUUGAGUUGACUGUUUGGGUGUAAACAUUGGUGUUUUGUCAGAUUGACUGUGUUUUUAUUUUUCUAUUUUGAAUUGUAUACAUUUGGAAAGUUCUAGAAUAAACACGCAGCCUCUCCGUGA